GCCCGACAUGCCUCUGCUCAUGCGUUUUCCAGGCGCAGCCCUCAUUCAUCAUUCAUCCAUCCAUGUGCCCGGCAUCUCGGAUCUCGGCAUCGGCCUUGUUCGGCUGCCUACAACACAGCCUGACAUGCCCACAUGCCCUGCUCCACCAAAGUUAUGCGUCAAGGUCCAGUAGCCUAGCAAUUAGCGUAUAGCGCGCACCCCAAACCCAACCCAACCCGCUGGGUCUGGCGAUCUGGCGACUGGUGGCCCCAAUCGGCGAGAUGGCGACCCAGAACCGGC